AUUUGCUGACAGUGUGCAAAAUUACAAUUUGUAGCCAAGGAAAAAAACCUCAGCAGAAAUCCCAGCCAGUGGUUCAGUCAUCCGACUGAAGUGGCAUUGCUUCAGUCGCCUCCAAGAGGUUGCUUGAUCAAGUCAGUGCUGUUUGUUCUUGUCAAAUAAUCUCAAACACAAGAUGGGUCCUUCCUUGACCCUCUUAGCAGCCAUCUUGGUCAGCUUUGGAGCCCAAUUACAGCCCACUGCUGCCAACUAUGCAUCAGCAAACUGUUUGGUCCCUGUGCCAAACUCUGAUCAGUGCAUCACUGAUGUCCUGGUCAAUGAGUGUCUGGCAGAGGCACUGAAUGAAGUUGGACAAUACUUGCCAACUGCAUAUGAUGGCGGUGUUGAACAUAGUCAUGAGGAACACUGUGCCAUUGGCAAGGCUAUCCACAUCACUGGCAUCUGCAUCAAGGACAGGUUGUACUUGUCAUCCGCUUUGGCUGCCAAGCUGUUGCCACAGGUGGAUGUGAGCUACACUGGCAUCUGGGGCAUCUGUCCAGCUGCAUACAAGUCAGACCAGAACAUUGACUGCACCCCUCAUCUCAGGUACCGCAGGCCAGAUGGGUACUGUACCCAGGGACAGGCAUACCCCUGGUGGGGUGCUUCUGAUCGCAGGAUCCUCAGGCCAAUCCCACCAGAGUUUGAUGAUGCUUUGGGAGAGCUGGCAAGAGGUCAAGGAGACCACAGGUUGCCAGCACCUAGAUUGGUCACCACCAGCAUCACUGUUGAUAGGUAUCCCAGAAUUGACAAGGAAAUUAGCUUCUUACACACUGCUCUUGGACAAGUUAUUGGUCAUGACAUCCAGCGUUCUGGACCCAUCAUCCACUGUGCAACAAAAGUUUGCGAAAAUAGUCCAACUUUGCCGCCCAAGGAGGUGAAGAACUCGUCACGUAUAGAAGACCAUCAGUGGGUUACUGACGAUAUUGGACAGCCAGAAGAAAACUCGGAUUACUCGUUCGAAGACUACUACGACUUCCUGUUGGACUCCUUACACAAAUUGGCAUCUACUUACAACUGCUCAGAGACGCCGGCUGACGAAUGGAACCUGACUGAAAUUGUGUACUUUGGCCACAUGGCGCCGAAACUGGCGGAUCUGGGAUGGAAAGAAGCCGGUCAAGUGGCGGUCUUUGCCUUCAUUUCCAUUGCGGCGUUGCUGGGCAAUGUGUCUGCCGCGGCGUCCCUCAUCUACAGCCAACUGUGGAACCGUGCCCUGAGGGCGUUACUGCUGAACCUGGCAUUUGCAGAUGCACUCACAUGUACCGUCUGCCUGUGGAUUUUUGUGGUGGACGCCAUUUCUGGCAGCCAGUGGAUCAUGGGACCCUUCAUGUGCACCUUUGGAGGGUUUUUG